CUUUUAGUCUCUUCUCUAUCUACUACUCCAAGAGGAAAAACUAAAGGUAAAAUAUAUGCCAAGAAAAUCUAAUCUAGUGGGACUCGUGGUGCAAUUGAGACACACACACCGUUUCAUGGUAGCUAUUGUGCUGUCUUUUGAAUAAGAAUAAAAACCCUAGGUCUUGGGAGGUGUUUUGGCGGCUACCCCCUUCUCCAAGCCUUCUCUCUUAAGUUCUUCUUUCACUACUUGACCUCAAACAACUGAAACCCCAGCACCCAACCCCCGCCUCCUCCCAGGGUUUCUCUGUCGCUCCUUCGAUCUAUAUCUCAUCAACAACGUCAUGGCAGCUGUUCCUUCUGCUACUGACAAAGCUGCAGGUUUGCUAGAGAACUUGUCAUUAGAUUCUCAGACCAAGACUGCUGGAAAUCCUGCACCUGCUACGAAGGAUUUCUAUGGCGAUAAUGGAAACUUCAUUUAUAACCAAGGCUAUGGUUAUGCGCCUUUUGGAACAUAUCUGCCUCCAAAUUCACCCAUUCCUACCAUGGGAUAUGAUGGCCAGCUAUAUGGGGCACAGCAGCAGUACCAGUAUCCUGGUUCUUUUUACCAGCCGUCAACUUCUGCAGGCUUGUUCUACCCCUCUAACCAGCCCAAUCACUCUCAAGGGCAUGUAGCAUCCUCAGGUACAGCUGACAAAGUACCUUUUUCUGCUGGUACUGCUACAAGAAACUCCAAUAACAAAGUGAAUGCUGGAAGUGUAAAUAGAAGUAACGGACCAGCAGCUGGUGCAGGGUUCUCAUCAACACUGAACACUCAUCCUACAAGACCAAUAUCUGGCAUGGACCAAGCAUCUGGGUACAUGAACUUGAUGAAUCCAAACAACAGGAUGUAUGGUCAAUUUGGAAACAGGAUGUAUGGUCAAUAUGGAAGCAGAGCUGGUGCUGAUUUUGGAUCUUAUGCCUAUAACUCAUGGACAAAUGGACGUGGGUGGGUGGUUGUUGAUAACAAGUACAAAUCCAGGGGCCAUGGCUAUGGAAAUGAGAACCGGGAUGGUUUGAAUGAGCUAAAUAGAGGACCGAGGGCCAAGAGUUUCAGGAACCACAAGGAAUUUGGAGCUGUCACACAAACAGCAGAGGGGCAGAACCUCCCAUUGUCCGAGAGUAACAGGGAUGAGAAUUUGCUCCAAAUUCCAGACAGGGAACAGUACAAUAAGGAAGACUUUCCUGAAGAAUACUCAGAUGCAAAGUUCUUUGUUAUUAAAUCAUUCAGUGAGGAUGAUGUCCACAAGAGCAUCAAAUAUAGCGUGUGGACAAGCACGCCUAACGGGAAUAAGAAGUUGGAUGCUGCAUAUAAACAGGGCAAAGAGAAUCCUGGUGACUGUCCUGUAUUUCUGUUAUUCUCAGUCAACACCAGUGGGCAAUUUGUUGGUUUGGCAGAGAUGGUGGGGCCUGUUGAUUUUAACAGAACUGUUGAGUACUGGCAGCAGGACAAGUGGACCGGAUGCUUUCCUUUAAAGUGGCAUAUUAUUAAGGAUGUUCCAAAUGGUUGUUUGAGGCAUAUUACACUUGAAAACAAUGAAAACAAGCCUGUGACCAAUAGUAGGGAUACCCAAGAGGUUAUCUUCGAGAAGGGUGUUCAAAUUCUUAAAAUAUUCAAGGAUCACAAGGGAAAGACAUCAAUCCUGGAUGAUUUUAGUUUUUAUGCAGGUCGUGAAAGAAUCAUGCAGGAAAAAAGGGCCAAGCACAAUUUUCACAAGCAGAUUUCAGAGGGGAAGUCUGCUGUGAUUGGGAAAGAGAGUUUGCAAACAGAUGCAGCCUCCAUAAAGGAACCAGCUGGUGCUACACCACUUGAAUCUGUGAAGAUGAAUGGAGAGGUAAACGGGAAAGAAGAGAAUGGAUCAGAUUUAACUGUUGAAAACUCUGGCAGGGAUGCUACAUCCGCUGUAUCAUCUGAAAACGUUGCUCCAAAUGUGGUUGCAAGUGCCUGCUAAUUUUUGGGACGUUUGCUAUCACAUUAUACAAUUUUAGCAUAGAAUUCUUAGGAUAGGUUGUAGUUGGUUGGUUUCAUUGUCGUGGUAAUGAAUUUGCUAGCUACCAUCAGCGUACACAUGCUUUAUGGGAGUUCCUAUUUCAAAUGAAAGGCCCCUUCAGCUCUCUUAGUGUGGCAGGAAGGAAAUGGCCUCUCAAGACCUCUGAAGGUUUUUUCAGUAUUCUUUUUUGAAUUAGGCGUAUUGAGAAGAAUGGGUUUGGCUUUCUAUUUAUCAGUUUUUAUGUGCUA